UAUGUAGGAGGCUGUGGUUCACAUAUAAGUAAAGAAAAUCUUAAACUGGCAAAACAAAAAGAAUUGUAGCAAUUUGUUUAUCGUUCUGUUCGGACGAAUAUUGAUUGUAAAACUCCCAUUUUAUAGUAUAAGAUUUACAUAUCUACCCUCUAACACUGAUAAGACGACUUGAUGCAGUAGUGCUGAACAAUGGCUAACAAUGAAAUAUAAAACUAAGCAGUUGGGUUUUAUAUGUGUUUCUUAUUUUUUCCACACAGUGAUUGUAGUUUUAAUAGUACAGAAAAGCAAACCUCUGAGUGGCGCUGUGACAAAUAAAUAUUUCGACAUGGAUAUUAAAGAAAAAUCUCGUACUUGUGAAAUAUGUGGAAAAAAUUUUACAACACUUGCUCACUUGAAUCAACACCUAAGAGCCCAUACUGGAGAAAAACCUCAUGCUUGUGAAAUGUGUGGAAAAAAUUUUGCACGGUUAGAUCACUUGAAACGCCAUGUAACAAGCCAUACCAAACAAAAACCUCAUGCUUGUGAAAUAUGUGGGAAAGAUUUUACAGGGAAACGUAACUUGAAAUACCACAUGCAAACCCAUACAGGAGAAAAACCACAUGCUUGUGAAAUAUGUGGAAAAUGCUUCAUAAGGCCAGAUUGUGUGAAAAUCCACAUGCGUGUCCAUACAGGGGAAAAACCAUAUAGUUGUGAAAUAUGUGGAGAAAAUUUCACAUAUCCUGAUACAUUAAAACACCACAUGCAAAUACAUAAUGUGAAAACAUAUGUUCAUGUCUGUGAAAUAUGUGGAAAAGAUUUUAGAACGCCAAGUCAAUUGAAAAGGCACAUGCGAACCCACACUGGAGAAAAACCACAUGUUUGUGAAAUAUGUGGAAAAUGUUUCUCAUUGCCAAUCACUCUGAAAAACCACAUGCGAAUUCAUACUGGUGAAAGACCUUAUGCUUGUGAAAUAUGUGGAAAAGAUUUCAAAAGGGUUGAAACAUUGAAAUUUCAUAGGCGAACACAUACAGGAGAAAAACCUCAUGCUUGUAAGAUAUGUGGAAAACAUUUUGCUCUACCAAGUACCUUGCAAAGGCACAUACGAACCCAUACUGGAAAAAAACCUUUUGCUUGUGAAAUAUGUGGGAAAGAUUUUGCAGUGAAAACUAAUUUGAAAAAGCACAUGCGAUCACAUACAGGUGAAAAACCCUUUGUCUGUAAAAUAUGUGAGAAAACUUUUGCAUGGUCAGGUACUCUGAAAAACCACAUCCGAACCCAUACCAGGGAAAAACCUUAUGCUUGUGGAAUAUGUCGGAAAGAAUUUGCAAGAUCAGAUAACUUAAAAUGUCAUGUAAAAUGCCAUUCCAAAGAAAAACCUUAUGCUUGUGAAAUAUGUAGGAAAUAUUUUGCCAGGACAGGUAGUUUGAAAAAGCACAUGCAAAUUCAUACUGGAGAAAAACCUCAUGUUGGUGAAAAGCCCUAUUUUUGUGAGAUAUGUCCGAAAGAUUUUGCAUGGCCAAGUGAUUUAAAAUACCACAUGCGAACCCAUACAGGAGAAAAACCUUAUGCAUGUGAAAUAUGUGAGAAAGAUUUUGCCAGUAAGAGUAAUAUGAAAAACCACAUGCGAAUUCAUACUGAAGAAAAGCCUUAUACUUGUGAGGUUUGUGGGAAGGAUUUUGCACGGUCAUCUAUUUUGAAGUUGCACAUGCGAACCCAUACUGGAGAAAAACCUUAUGCUUGUGAAAUAUGUGGAAAAGAUUUUGCAAGAUUAGGUGGCUUGCAUACACACAGGCGAACUCAUACUGGUGAAAAACCAUAUGCAUGUAGAAUAUGUGGAAAAAAUUUUGCGUGGUCAAGUUCUUUAAAAUGCCACACAAAGACACAUAGUAGAGAUUUUGCAAGGCGUGAUACUUUGAAAAGCCACAUGCAAAUUCAUACUAGAGAAAAACUUCAUGAUUGUAAUGUAUGUGGAGAAGAUUUUUCAAGAUCUGAUUAUUUGAAGAGACACAUGAACACUCAUAUUGUGCCACAUGCAAAGUCAUACUGGGGAAAAGCUUUUGCAGGUACAAGUAAUCUAAAAAACCACAUGCUUGUGAAAUAUGAUUGUGGGAAAGAAUUAGCCAGGUCAAAUAUUUUAAAAUACCAUACGCUAUCACAUACUGGAGAAAAGCCUCAUGCUUGUGAAAUAUGUGGGAAAGGUUUCGCCUGUAAAUCUGGUUUGAAUUAUCAUACGCUAACCCAUACUGGAGAAAUGGAAUAUGUGGAAAAGAUACAGAUGGACUGCCCGAAUACAACUGUCGUGGUAUAAAUAUUGAAUAUGUGUUGAGUCCAUACGCAGGCGGAGUGCUGAAAGAAGCUCAACUCAAGCCUACCUGGUGUGUGUGAUGUCACAAUUGGAACAGUAUUGAAUGACCUGUGACGACAUUAGGGAGGUCUCAUAUGAAUAGGGUUGAUCGUUAUAAUUUUUAAAUUGAUUGUCUUCUCUAUUUUUCAAUUGUGAUUAAAACGAUGAUAACAAAAGUUUAAACUCUUUCUACACAUCUCGGGUACAAUCUCGCAAAAGUUCUGCGACGCCCUAGAAAAUUUUAAACGACGCGCGACGCCCACUUUGAGAACCACUGGUUCUCUGUACUUUGUUCCACCAAUGAGUCUUGGUGAACUCUCGGCUGCAUGUAACCAUUAUUAUAUUGUAUCCCAGAAUGCAGUGUUUCCCAAACUGUGAGUCUAUUUUCCGGGGUCGCCUAAUUUCUGUCAAACAUGCGCACACAAGUGAGUAGGAUUUAAAAGUUGGAAAACGAAAUUUGUUCUAGUCAGCAGGUUCCGUAAAAGUGCUUAACUUCGGAUUUUUCAGCAAUAACCCAACCAUUUAAUGUCCAAACGGCUUCAUUUGGCGAUUGCCGAGGUUUCCAUCAGUUGCGAAAGCGCUUUGUUAAUUCGGGCCCGUGUCUAAAUUCUACGAGUAGGCUACAUGUUUUGUCCACAUGCAGAACGUUUCGAUUUAAUGAAAAUUGAGGUCGCGAAAAAAUAUGUUUGGGAACCACUGCCAUGAAGCAUGCUAUUCAGAUAUUACCGGUACUCAUUUCAUUUUUACUUCCGGUAUUAUCUAACAAACAGGACAUCUUCUGACAAGCACUGCUACAGAGUUGCUAAUUUCAGACUUUUAAUUGUGAGAAACAAAAUAUAAAAAAAAAAUAGUCAAAAAGCAAUGAGUUCACUGAGUUUUGUCAAAAUUUGAUUUUCUUGGAAACAAAGUUAUAAUAGUAAAAUCAUGCGUCCGCACUUGUGGGCUUCAUGUACUCUGUCAUGUUAGGGUACUUGCCUUGUCAUUAUUUCAAAAGCUAUUGCCGGUUAUCCCAUGGGCACUAUGUAUUUGUAAUUGAUUCAUUUUGGUGAAUCAAUUAUUCGUUUUUUAUUAUUUAGAAAUCUAUUGCUACUGUGUAUAUACCGUUUCCUGAAAAUAAGACUGGGUCUCAUUUCAAUUUUUUCUGAAAUAUAACACUAGGGCUUAUGUUGGGGGAAUGUCUUAUAUUUUCGUUUAUCAAAAACAAAAUUACAAAAUAAAGAAUUACGAGAUUUUCAAACAUGCAAAAUAUGAAAACCGAUAUCCAUUUACUCAUAAAUAACACGUUUUUAUUUAAAAUAAAUGCUAAACAUAGCUUAUCAAUCUUUGAAUCGUGUAGAAAAGAUUUUUUGCUAUCGUCCAGCUCAAAAAAGAAUUUUGCGUUAUUAACUAGGUCUUAUUUUGAGCCGCGAGCUUAUAUUAAAAUGAUUUUUGAAAUUCA